AUGGCAACUACCAGCACCCCUGCCGCCACCAAUGUUACUUUGAAGCUUUUGAUAGACACAAAGGGCCACAAAGUUCUGUAUGCUGAAUCAGGCAAGGAAUUUGUGGAUUUCCUUUUUACCAUUAUGUCUUUACCCGUCGGCACUGUCAUUAGGCUCCUCAGCAAGGAUAGCAUGGUUGGGAGCCUGGGCAAGCUUUAUGACAGUAUCGAAAAGAUUGGUGACAUUUACAUGCUACCAGAUUGUAACAAAGAUACCUUGCUGAAACCGAAUGCGGUUAUAGGCAGUGGGGAUGCCUCUCUUUUGUUAACUAAUGAAGAGUUGGCGAAUAAAAAGGUCUAUAUGUGUGCGAGCUACCACAGGUAUAUGGCUGAUGACCCUAAAGCCAUUUGCCCACAGUGCAGCAAUUAUAUCUCCACCGAAGUGCCUUAUGUUGCUCCUAAGGCUACUAGUGCUGGAUCUUCCGGGGGAGGUCAUGGAUAUGUGAAAGAUGUUGUGACAUACAUGGUUAUGGAUAACUUGGAGGUGAAGCCUAUGUCUACCAUAUCUUGUAUAACUAUGCUCAACAAGUUCAAUGUUAGGGAGGUUGGUUCCCUUGAAGAGAAGGUGGUUCAUCUUGGCAUGGAUGAGGGUUUGAAACUGUUGAAGGCAUCAUUGGAGUCAGAUUCUGUUCUCACCAGUGUUUUCCUUGGGAAGAAAGAAGCAGAAGCAUAA